CCAAUCAAAAUUCUAAGCCUUAUUCUAACUGGAAUGAUCAAAUACAUAACUAAAUAUAUCAAUUUGUAUAGAAAUAGGACAUAUCAAUUGCCAAGGCAUUUGAAGGGCUCCUAUAAGCGCAUAGGCCCGUUGAAGAAGAAACCGUCCCGAGAUGAGAAUAGUACGUUAGGACUUUUCGUCACAGUAGUACCGGGCAUGAUACUGGGUGGCUAUUUGGCCAAAGCACUAGCCUAUUUAUUGGAACUAAGUGAAAUCUUCCAGCCCGAGGAUCCGGAUGAUUUCGAUGAUGAUGACAAUUAGUUGGAGACAAAUCAGAAACAAAUCUGCCGGCUGGACAACAUUCUAGCCAACAACUUAGAACGCUUGCACAUAUCUAGGCCGCUUAUAUAAUCGACAAACAAGUUGUAGUCAAUAAUGUGGGUCAGCAGGAAAGCCAAUAAGCCAGCCAUGAGGAAAACCAGCGGCGCACAAAUGCAAGAUCAUGCCAAUAAAUGUUUAAGUAACUUUUUGCUUUAGUAGACAAAGGCAUAAAUUUAAAAAUAUUGUUUAAUACUU